GCAUAUGUAUGUUAGGCAGGCCUACAUAUAAAUAGUGUGUUUACUUCAUACUGAGGCUUGGCAUGACUUUUCAAACUUCCAGUUCUACCAAAGUGAAGCCAAACUGAGCGUGCAUGUCCUUGGACCGAUCUAAAGCCACGUUGGUACGCACAUGUAACUAGCUCUAUAAAACUAAAGAUAUGGCCUCCCAGACUGACGUGAAGAAGAACAAACUGUCGUUUGCCAUCUUCGGCUUGGGCCGCGCCGGUACCAUCCACAUCGGCAACCUGGCCCUGAAUCCCCGCGCCGUGAUCCGGUACGUGGUCGAGGAGAGCCGAGAGCGGGCCGAGCAGGUCUUGAGCCAGGGACACCUGCAAGUGGCCAUCGACGAGUGCUGCGAGGUGAUCACCGCCGCCGAAUCCGAGAGGGUCUACCAGGACAAGAGUGUCGAUGCCGUCAUCGUAUGCACCUUCACACACACGCAUGAAGACAUUGUCAAGAAAGCGCUGUUGGCAGGUAAAUCUGUCUUUUGCGAGAAGCCCAUCGCAAGAGAGCUCAGUGCCACCAAGUCAUGCUAUGAUCUAGCCGAGGAACGUGGCAAGAUGCUCUACUGUGCUUUCAACAGGCGCUACGAUCCUUCAAUUCGACACUUGCAGCAGCGCAUCCGAAAUGGUGAAGUAGGGCAAGUCCAGUGCAUCAAGACGUGCUCGAGAGACAGUCCAUUCCCAAGUCUAGCCUACUUUAAGAUGUCAGGUGGUAUUUUCCACGAUUGCGGCGUUCACGACAUUGAUGUCGUCUGCUGGAUCCUGGGCCAGUACCCGGACGUGGUGUACACCCAGGCACAUCUUUUCCACCAAGAGCUGGCCGAGAUGGACGACGUGGAUCAGGUGGCCAUCACCAUGAAGUUCCCCAGCGGAACCAUCGCCACCAUCGACCUGAACCGGGAAUCCAGCUAUGGAUACGACCAACGCAUUGAGGUUUUUGGUUCCGCUGGAAUGUUGCAGACUCGCAACGUCAGCCAUCAAUUCAACUUAGUUGGCCAUCUUGGCAAACAGGGCUCCUCUACGGAGCCAAUCGCUCACUCCUUCCCCCAGCGCUACGCUGAGGCCUACGCCAACGAGCUGGACUACUUCAUCGAUUAUGAACUAGGUCUGGACACCCAUGUCGAAGUCUCUCGGACAGAAACCGUCAUGGCAACGAUCAUUGCUGAGGCCUGCGAACAGUCCUACCGCAAGGGGGUCCCUAUUCAUAUAAAAGACGUGAUGUAAAUAGCCUUGGUGUACUCAGACGUUGUGUCCGAGAUGCUAGCGAGUGCACAGCUGACCUGUCUCAAAUUUGUCAUGUCUCUUCAUGAAAACGAGAACAUUCAGAUAGGUGUUGCAGUCAGUAUAGCUUCACAGCAACUGAACCAGGUUGUAAAAACCAACUACAUAUUUCCUAUGUAAAAUUGGAUGAUUUUUCACUUGAGAACGAACAUAGCAGAUAUAUGUACGUGAACCGCAGCAGUACAAGGGUGAUUUGAAUCAAACUUGCAAUGUCAAUAUUUGUUUGCAGACAGAAAUAAGAUAAGGUUUUAGAACUUAAGUACGUGGUACUUGGGAAUUUGUACUGGUUCGCAGAGGGUUGGUGCUGGCAAAUUUUAAAAAGUAGGCAGAGUUUUUACUAAACUACUGUGCAUUUUUCCCGGCACUUGCCUUUUGUUAUGCAGUGCCAAAUACAACUAUUGUCUAUUACUCAGGGUUAUGACCGAGGUUUGUAAAUAUUCACCAUUGUGGUGACAAAUGGCUGGAACCUUGUUCCUGGUUUUGGGAAUUUUAAUGCUCACUUGACAUCAAACCAAGAGCAUCUCUUCUGUUUGUUUGGUCAAUCUGUGACUUUUUUGCACUUAAUUGUGCCUUAACCAAUGGGAGACUUUGAGACGCUUGGUGGCGACAAACAGACCGGUCUUUAUUACUAGUUCCGAGGAUGCGUGCGUAGUUCUGAGCAUGUGCAGUACCUUGAAAAAGGACCAGUGUGUUGGCUGCUGCCAUCAUCUCAAAAGUCUCCCGUUGGUAGACUGGUUUAGCAAGCAGUAACAAGUGCACUGUUCUUCAAUACCAGAAAGCUCAUUUCAGGAAUUUUAUGCCUUCGUGCAAUGGAACUUUGGGCACUCUUCAGUUUAACAGAAUUUUAAUGAAGUUUUUAAAAAUCUGGAUUACCUCUAGUCUGGGGUAAUGAGUGUGUGAUAUCAGUAUUUUAUGUGGCGUUGCACUGCAAACCUCGGGGCUAUUGGUGUGCUAACUGCAGAGACUAGUCAUCCGUAACUAUUCAGGAGAAAAUUCAAGUUGACUCCCAUUAAAUCCCAUUGGAUUUUUCAAUGGGACCCAAUAGGACUCAACUGGAUACAAUAGGACCGAAUGGGAUCCCAUUGGUUUCAAUGGGGCAUAUUCACAAAGUUUCAUUUAAAUAUAUAUUUGAUUGUUUAAAAAUGUAGUAUUGAAAUAAGCAUUUUUUGCAUGUAAUGCAUAAUGCUUAGAAGAUAAUUAUAAAAAAGGAAUUCACCAUUAAUUUUCUAAUAGCUGAUAUUACCUAAUUAUGUGGACAUAAUUACAUCCAUUUUGAACAGAAACCAUAUUUACAUAUGUUUAUUGUACGCUGACUCAAUAUAACAUUAGGAGUUUUCGUAUAUAUUUACUAGAUGGACAUGAGCUAAAUGUUUCUUACUUGUUCCAGAGAGGUAUACAAUAGUUAAAUAAAUACACGCAUUAUAUGUCAA